UUACUACUUCCGGUUAUAAUGACGGCGCGAUGCGGACUGCUAGGGAGCGCAGUUAUGAAACACAACUUUUAGCUAUAUCUUAAUGAGCUUAACAGACAGCUGAAGAUCAAAAGCAUAUGGUAAAGUUGUAAAGUUGUACUGGGUAAUUUUUGCUAUUUGGGAAGUUUCUUUGGGUGGGUUUUAUAUUAUAAUGUACUCAUCAUCGGGUGCAUCCCCAUCAGAACGCCAGGGGCAAGUAGGUGAUCUCAAUACCAAGAGCAAAGAAGAACUUGGUGAAAUACUGUCACGCCAAGAGAAACUAUUAGCUAACAAGAGGUUCAUACAAAAACUACCGGAUAAAGGGAAGAAGAUUGCGGACUUCACGGAAAGAAUACGCUUAGCUCUUGCCCACAAUGAAGAAGAGGAGAGAAAGCAAGAUAUGUUGUUAUCUGUCAGAACAGAGCUGCAGUCUAAAUAUCAGCAGGCUUUGACCCAGAGACAACCUGGUAGUGCAGAAACUUCCCAAAAGAGGAGACAACCCGGGGACCCAAAUCCUAGAAGUGACCAAGAGAUGGACGCCUCCCCUCUCAUACCACAUAUCCAGAAGAGCAAUUUGGGUGACACAAUGCAAGACCCCACAGUGCCCAAAAUACCUGCUGGUAAAACCAGGGCUCCACAGGCUGGUGGUGAUGACGGGGCAGCUCUGGACUCUGACAGGACAAAAGAGAAUGACCUAACGGAGGCUUUGCAGAGGGUUCAUCUGUGUGACCACUCAUCUGGCAUGGCUGAAUCCCCAAAAGACACAUCCAACACAUCUGCUACUAGCAACCCCUUCCUUGGAAGGCAGCCACAGAAAAAGCCACACUAUAUUGAGGUCCUGGAGAGGACUGAGAAAGACCCAGCUACACGAAGACAGAAGUUUAAGCCUAAUCAGUUUGCCCACAACACAGGCAGCUCCACAUCAGGGUCUCUGUCCCCCAGCCAAUCUCCUGGUGGCUUGUUACCCUCCCCGGUUCUUUCUGUUGAGGCCAGGAAGGAACGAGAUAGGAAGCACAUUGAUGAAAUCACUGCAGCCAGGCUCCCCUUGCUCCACUACAGCCCCGCCAAGCUACUGACGCUGGAGCAGUCAGCCAACCUCCAACGUGAGCAGACGAGGAAACAUCAGGAGUUGCAGGCCAAGCUGGCAGCCCAGAAGCUGUCUGAGGGUCUGAGGUUACGCACAGGCAGCUACGUUGUGGAAGGAGGCCCAAUGGGCGCUUACAGGGAGGUUCACGAUGAUGGAGCCCAGCUCUCUUCAGAGGAGGACUGAUUCAGAGGGCUGCAGUGAGGAAACCCUUUCAGGCGACAGCCUCUGGGCCCUGCGUCAGGGUCUAUAGAAGAAAGGGGAUUGGCGGGACAAAGAAGAGGGGCCUGCCUGAUGAGAUGGUCAUGGGCAUUGGGUGGCUGUGACGGCGCAGUGGGUGUCCCUGUCUCCGCUACAUAGAGAGACGACUUGUCUGGGCUUUGGUUCACCACCAGUGACUCACUUGAGCUGUCACCCGGUCAGCGUCCUGCCUUGUUUAUCAACAGCUGCCAGGGAAGCCCAGGCCCGUUGUUGGGUGAUGUUGUGUUAGCUUACCUGAUGCUCUAUGCAAGAAGCCAUGUUGUCAAUGGAUUGGCUGGUACAGUGCCUAGCAAGGCCCUGGAAUCAGACAGUUGUGUAAUGAGGCUGCUAAAGUGUCUGGGAUUGUUGGCUAAUUGUAUUUCCGAAGGACUGCAAAGUAAUUAACAUUUUCAUAUAUGAAUAAAAUAUUUUUAUAUGGUC